AUGGCAGGCGCUGAGGGUGGCGUCGGCGAGGCGUCAGCGGGCCUUCAGCGGAGAGCCACAGCAGGGGGUGACAUCAACUCGAGGCCGCUGAAGGAGGUUCGGACCGGGAGGUGUAGGAGGACGAUUCUUCCAGCUGUGAUGCUGGUCCGUCAGCUGCGGCUGGCGCAGAAGGAGCAGCAGCAGGCGCACGAGGACACGGACGAGGACGAAGACGAGGAGGACCCUUCAUCCACGGACGUCAUCUCGAGGGACAAGCUCAUCCUCAGACCGCUGCUGGAUAAGGAUAACAAUGAGAGAUUGGAUGAUACACAUGAAUUUGGCCUGGGUGACUGCCUGGACUACAUCCGCACCGGCAUGGAAGCCAUUGUGGACGACGAAGUGACAAAGAGGUUCUCUGCCGAGGAACUGACUUCGUGGAACUUCCUCACACGAACUAACUGCCAGUAUGAAUUCAUCAGCGUGCGGCUCACCAUCUUCUGGGUGGUGGGCUUCAUCCUUCGGUACUUCCUCCUCCUGCCAUUGCGAAUCCUUAUCCUCAUUAUUGGGGUGGUGCAGAUGGUGGUUUUGACCUUAAUACUUGGACUGCUGCCUGAAGGUUCAGUGAAGCCCAUGCCCAUCCCGCCCCCUGACGCCCCCUUCGGCGCCACCCUCGAGCAGGAACCUCCUUACUGGGUAGGCUCCAUCGCCAACUACACGUGUCCCGACGGAAAGAUGUCUCCACGGGGCGACACGUACUUCUCGAUCGUCGCCAACGAGACCGCCUGGAGCGUUCUCGACCCUGAGUUCGGCUGUUACAACGGCUUACAUAAAGCUUUAAGUAUGUUGGCCAUUUCUACGAACAUUAUUAGAAUAAAGUGUUAUACUUCGUUCCGUGAGCAGAGCGCCAGUCGACCGGUGACCGCCGACAUGGGAGGGUGGGUCGUCGCGGCGCUCUUCUGCCUGGUCGCGGUCACACGGGGCAACAAAUAUAGCUCCCGAGGUCCCUGGAAAUCUAUGUAA